GAGAGAGGGUUAACGUUUUUUUCCCCCAGAAGUACUGACAAUCUUGUGAGGAGAGAGAGAGGCAGUGCUAUAAGAAAAGAAGUGAGCGGGAAGGAGGGCUGUUUGCCUAAACUCUGUUAGCUUUGCCUGUGCGUAUCCUGGUGUUGUUCAGUGAACCGUGUGGCCGAGCAGAGCCGCUGCUGGUGUUGAACUCUGCUCAGCGGCCAGUGGAGAGGAGGAGGGAAGUGGGAGGAGCAGAGUGCCGGACGCACAGUCAGGGAGGGGGUUUGUCCGGCAGAGACAUUUUUUUUCCUUGCGACCAUGCUUGAAACCGCAGGUGGAGCUAAAACCGAUGUAAAAGUGGAGCCAGAAACUACUCGAUGUGCAAUGGAAAGUGGGGACAGGAACACUGGAAUCCAAACCAAUGGGUUGGACUUUCAGAGGCCGACUGUGCCAACCACAAAUGCAAUCACCAAUGCACACGCACAAGCCCUCCUCCAACAGCUGACUCUGACACCAGCACAGCAGCAGCUGUUGAUCCACCAGGCCCAGGCUCAGCUCCUGGCUGCAGCCGUGCAGCAUUCAGCCAGCCAGCAGAACGGCACCACUGGGGCCAGUAUCUCGGCAUCGGCAGCCACGCCCAUCACCCAGCUUCCCCUGUCGCAGCCCAUCCAGAUCUCUCCCCAGCUGCAGCAGCAGAAUUUAAGUCUGCCCCAGUUUGUUCUGGUGCAGCCCGGCCAUCCGAUCGCCACGCCACUGCAGCCCGCUCAGUUCAUCAUCUCACAGACACCGCAUGCCCAGCAGAGCAUAUUGCAAGCCCAGAGUCUUCUAACUCAACUACCUCAAAGCCAAGCCAACCCCCUGCCGAAUCAACCAAGCAUAUCCCUUGCAACACAGCCUGCGACUCCAACCCGCACCACCGCGGCCACACCCAUUCAGUCACUGCCUCACAGUCAGACGCCGCCCAAACGCUUGGACACACCCACUCUGGAGGAGCCAAGUGAUCUGGAGGAACUGGAGCAGUUUGCCAAGACCUUCAAACAGAGGCGGAUUAAACUGGGCUUUACACAGGGAGAUGUUGGCCUGGCCAUGGGCAAGCUGUAUGGAAAUGACUUCAGCCAAACUACUAUCUCUCGCUUCGAGGCCUUGAAUCUGAGCUUUAAGAACAUGUGCAAACUUAAGCCAUUGCUGGAGAAGUGGCUCAAUGAUGCAGUUUGUGCAGAGAAUCUGACUUCUGACCAGGCGCUGUCCAGCCCCCUCGGAUCUUCGAGCAUAACCAUUGAGGGGAUUAACCGCAGACGGAAGAAGAGGACCAGUAUUGAGACCAACAUUCGCGUAGCCUUAGAAAAGAGCUUUCUGGAGCAGAACCAAAAACCUACCUCUGAAGAGAUCACCAUGAUCGCCGACCAGCUCAACAUGGAGAAGGAGGUCAUUCGGGUCUGGUUCUGCAAUCGCCGGCAGAAAGAGAAGAGGAUCAACCCGCCGAGCACUGGCAGCAGUGGCGGGGGUGGCACCCCUAUCAAAACCAUCUUUACACCCAGUAGCCCUUUGGUGGCCAGCACGGCAAGCCUGGUGAGCAGUCCGACUAUCAACACGCCCACCACGCUGACUGUCAACCCAGUGAUGCCUCUCACCAGCACCAGUGUCUCCAGUUUGUCUUUCACGGGCACAACAGUUGGAGCCACGAACACAGCGUCCGUCAUCUCUACCACACCCGUAAUUACCACGGUAACCAGUUCUCCGUCUCUAAGCCCGUCCCCCACGACCGUUCAGUCCACCACCGCCACGGAGAAUAAAGUUGGUACUCAGGCGCACACCAUCGUCACCCAGGCCCCGACAUCCAUAGGCACCGCCACCCUUGGGGCGGGCCAGGUGAUGGUGGCAGCUCCGGGGCUGUCGGCGGCGCUUCAGGGGACCACCCAAUUGCCCACCAAUGCGAGUUUCGCCGCCAUGGCUGCCGCGGCAGGACUAAACCCUGGGCUGAUGGCCUCCUCCCAGUUCACUCCAGGUGGGGCCCUGCUGAGUCUGGCUCCUGGUGGCCUCGGGAGCGCCCUGAGUCCUGCCCUCAUGAGCAACAGCACCCUGGCCACCAUCCAAGCCCUGGCAUCGAGCGGCACCAUCCCGAUAACGUCGCUGGACGGCAGCAACCUGCUGUUUGCCAACACCUCCGCCGGCAGCGCGCCCAACUUGGUGACCACGCCGCUCUUCCUCAACCCCCAGAACCUGUCGCUGCUCACCAGCAACCCGGUCAGCCUGGUGUCGGCCGGGGCGGGCGGUUUGCAGGUCACCGCCGACGCUCACCACCAAGCUACCACGACCAUUACCACUGCCUCCAAGGCGCAGUGAGUCCCUGACUGCAUCCGGAACGAGCGCCCUGUUUCAUUGAGUCGCGGCGCACUGUUCUCCUCACGCCGUGCGGGAAAUAUGGAGGUGGUUUGAUUUGGGCUCUGCGCUUCACUAACGAAAACACACGUCCGCUCCAUUGUAUCUAUUAUUUAAUCCCUUUGCUUUCACCAAAAAAAAAACAACCUCACCAGGUUGGACUUAUUGUUUCUGGGUCUUUCUCUAAUAAUACGUGGACAUUUUUUUCCCCUAGCUCAAAGAGUAGCCAGGAAUAGAAUGUCCACCCUAUACAUUUUGUAUAUACGUCUUCUAUUUCAGUCUUUCUAACCAAAAAUUUAGGAUUUUACUCUAAACUUAACGACUAACUUCACAAUACACUUUAUCACUAACAGGGAUCACCCUCACUUAUCUUUUUUUUUUUUUUUUUUUUUUUUGGACAGGUCUUGACGUAUAUCAUAUCAAAAUUUAUAUUUUAGAGUUUUUUUUUUUUUUUUUUUUUUUUACAUUAACAGAACUUUGUAAGUCUAAUACUACAGUACGUUAACUAUCUUUUAAAAAAAAAAAAGUGGUUAUAAGGCUUUAAAACGAGUAAUAAGUGGCCGAUAUAAAGGUUAUCAUUGCUUUAAGGAUCGCGGGGACCUGUCGGGCCUCUACGAGUUUCUCUUUCUAGAAACACUGACUUUUACACUUCUCCUUGGAGCUUCUGUAAAAAAAGAAAAAUGGUGCGGAUUGUAGAUGCGGAUAGAAAAUGUCUGAAAACUUUAAGAGCUUUAAAAACGCAGUGCAGUGGAGUGUUUGUUUUGGAUGGUAAAAGCUCAGUACGACGCUGAGACUGAAAUAACCAAAUGAUCCACAAGGCUCAGUGGUCUGGGCUAAGACCACCUGUCAGGGGGUGUGGUCGCCACACUAAAUGUUUGGUGAUGUUGGCUAAAUUAUUGCUUUUUCCUUCUGUUUCUUUGUAAUUGUUUCUGGUAGUACCGUCGUAUCUACUUGUGCACAGUAUCUGUACCAAAAACUGGAUUGAUGAGCUGUUGUGGGAGGAAUGACCUUUUCUUUUUUGUCUGCGGUCGUUUGAGUGACUGCGUACUUUACAAUAUACCAAAAAUAUUUGUUCAAAUAGUUGUAGUCGGUGUAACUUAGUCUAGUGGAUAUAUUUAUGAACAAUAUCUCUCUUUAUUGUCAGCAGAAGAUAGACAUGCAAUAUUUUGAUCAUUUUCCAAAGACCUUCGGUUAAUUUAAUUGGCAGCACAGUUGACCAAAAAUAGGGAAGCCUGAGUUGGAGCGUGACAAACAUCCCUUUUAAAAAAAAAAAUUAUUUUUAAUUUAUCUUUACACUUUUACACUUUAAAAAAAAUAAUUGGAGCCAUUUCAUGGCUUCUCGUUGAACCAUUUAAGUAGCAGCUUUUGGACAUUGGUGGAGCAGGAAAAACUCCCUUUUUUUUAUUUGGGUUUUAUACUUUCAGCCAUAUGACAACAGCUUGAACCAAAGUGGUUUUCCUCAGUAGCGGCCGUGCCUGUCCGAGCACCUACGUUGCCGGUCACAUGAUCUCUCCACGCUGCUCACAAAUAUCAGUACCUGCUAGUCUUGAUCCGGUGCGGUUGGAGAUGGAAGGAAUGGAUGGAAUGCUAGCAUGUUAUUUUUCUAAUCCUUUAUUAGCACGUUUAUUAGCAGUUUUUGUGACUUGACUUUUCUAGCUUGGCGUUUGGAAGGAUCUGCUGUCAACACUAGGGAUGGGCAUUAGAGGAUAGUUACAUCUUUUAUACAGAACCCCAGCCAAGUGGGAUAUUGCUGCAACUGCACUUUUACACAGCGCCUUGCAUGUCGCAGUCAGAUAAUUACGACAUCAACAAAAUAUUAGUGCGAGAACUUCAGUGUCCUUUUGCACAGGCGAUGUUGCGGCUCUGGUACUGCCGCUGGAGCCGGAGAGUUUCCAGGUCAACUUUGUCUUGUCUGCCCUUUCCUCUAUUUAAUUGAUUUUUCCAUCGGUUAUGUGGAAUUGAUUGAGGCGAUUUUGGCAAAAUGGCACACACUACUUGACUGCAGCCAGCAGAGGUGCUGUUGGUUCAGUCUCAACUACUUUGCUGCCUGUAAAGAAGUCACCCGCUAUGAAAGUUGAACUACAGUCGUCCCUCGCCACAUUGCGCCCUCACUCUCUAAUCGCAGUUUUUCGGUCAGACCAAAUCAAAUAUGAAGCCAACACAAACAGUUAGCGGUUAGGUCCGCUGCAUAUCAGAAAAGAGGCAGAAAUGUCCAUCACUGUUUUCCCAAAGUCAAAGCUGACGUGUGUGAAUAGCUUGUUUUGACUAGACGUUUGCUGUCAUGGAUGACUAAGGAAAUGACAAAAGAUUCACAUUUGAGAGGCUGAAAUCAGGAUAUGUGCAUUUUUUAAAUCAGUGUAUUGUCAAUUUGAAUUGUUGUUGCAGCAUUUAUUGAUUAUUUCUGCCACAGUUGUCCAUGACAUAUACAGCAAUCAAAUGCCCGUCCCUAGUACACCUAAUGUAUCCAAGCUGAUUGUCGCUACUAUUCGGAACCAGCAUGUUAGAUUGCAGCUGCCCAAAUUGUUCCUGUCACUCACCGGGCUGAGUACUGUUAUGUGCCACACCUUGAGCUAAACCCGACACAAUUGUUCUGCUGCUGCUUCUUUUGAUUAGGGAGUCACUGAGGCAGCCAGAGGAUCUUCUUGUCUCAUUUUGACUGAAUAUACCUCAGCAGCACUUAAAACAUAAGGUUCGCCUUUUUUUUUCUUUUUUUUUUAAAAGACAUUUCUGUGUACACAACAGUGUGGAAUGUAUAGUAAGUCAUAUCUGGCUCGCCACUCAACGUUUAUACCGUACAUGAAAGGACAACUACUGCUAUUUCUAGUACUACUAUUUAAUUUUUCUCUUCUGAGGUGUCAUCAUUAUUGUUUUGUUAAAAGAUCCUUCUUGCCAAAGUAAUAGCCUUUCUCUUUGCAGCUCUGGCCACCGUAUGGUCAGCGCACCAGUGGAACCCAGUUCUUUCCGGCGCCGUUUUUUGUAGUUAAGCAAGCGCGCUAGCGAGAUGAACCGGCCACCUUGGGGCGCCAUAGGAUGUUACUAAAAUAUUUAUCUUGAGGAAAGACCUAAGAAUCAGAGAAAUGUUCUUUUCUUAGUUCUAUACAUAUAAAUAUAUAUAAACACGUGUAAGAUAUUCAUAUUUUAUAUUUGAACCGCUAUGUUAUCAAGACUGAAUGUAGUGUUUGACAAAAAAAAUCCCCCAAAUAUUCCUUUUUUUUAUUGUUGGAAAGAAAAAAAAUAACAUUUUUUAUUUUUAAACUAUCAAGACCAAAAAGUUGAAAAGCAAACUGACGCUACACUGUGGCGGGUGCGCCAGUCAAUGAUGACAUGUGUCUGUCCACCAGGAGGGGGCGCUCCUGACGCACAGGUCCUCUGGUUGGUGUAGAGCGGAGACUCUGAAGUAUCUUUAUUUUGUUAUAGUGUGCUUGUUGUUGUUGUUUUUAAAAUUAUAUAUAUAUAUAUAUUAAUAUUUUUGGUUGAGUCAUUUUGGACUUGAUUUGCUGUGCUGUCUUUAACAAUCAUUUGUUUUUAUUUGUUUUUUGUUCUUACUUUAUGCCUUUAACUGUUUUUUUAUGAGAGGGCAAGAUCACUGGCUUUCUAAGUUUGACAGACGUUAUCAUUUAUGCCUUAUUGCUACGUAGAAGACAUGAUUGCAUUGUAGCGUGGGUGUGUGCGUGUGUGACUGAUGCAAGCUUCACCUCAUGCUCUGCGUCGCCUGGUGCAUUGUCACUGAAAACAAUACAGUGUACAUUUGGGCAUUAUUUUUGAGUGCGAGAUGCUUACAUUGCUUCGUACCUUUUUUUUUUCUUUCUUCUUCUCCUUUUUUGACUCGGACAAUACCUGAAAGAAAAGCUUUACUAAUGAUUCCAGCAGGUGUGAGUGAGCAUUGUAAGGAAUAGAAGCGCAUUCUGCAAACCGCUAAUCGUGCUUGAAACAGGUGUGGGAAACCUAUGACGCCAAGAGAAAAGACAAGAUAGAAGACUAAAAACUACAAAAUGUAGCUUUUCUUCAAAUCAUCUUCUCAACAAAUAGAAGAUUUGGUGACUCUCCUUCUCUGAUUGCAAUAUUUAAAAAUUAGCAGCAUAACUCGUCCUUUGUUUGCUAACUUGCGAAUAACAUUUAAAUGGACUGUGUGAGCGGCGGGUAGAAAAGCUACGACUCCUUUAGGGAGAUGUGGUUUGGCGCCCUCUGUUAGGUUGCAUGCUGUAGAACGGGGGUGUCCAGAGACGGCGCAUUCUACAAAUGUAAUUUAACAAGAAUGAAGUCAAAUAUUACGAGAUAAAAGUUAUCUUAACAAGAAAUCAUUUUAGUAUCCAUCUGUCCAUCCAUUUUCUAUGCCGCUUCUCCUCAUUAGGGCUGUGGGGGUAUGCUGGAGCCUAUCCCAGCUGACUUCGGGCAACAGGCGGGGUACACCCUGGAUACUUUCUUAAUCUCCUAGAGAUUUCACAUUUCCAGCUGCUCUGAAAUGUCAUCAUGAACUUAAUCACUUUAUCACAAAAUAAAACAACCAAGGCGCGACAUGAGAGAUCAGAAAAAUAAGAGAACAAGAUGAAAUUAAAAAAUAUGGAACAGAUCACGUCAAAUUGGUACUGGAAUAAUACAUAAUAUAUAUAUAAAAAUAAAGUAAUACGUUUAGUCCAGUCCAGUUCAGAUAUGUGAUGUUGCACAUAUCUGUAUCGGUAUCUGUUGAUAUUGGAAAUUGAGAGUUGGAUAAUAUUAGCAUAUGUUAUCUGUAAAAUGAAAUUUAAAAAAGCCAAUAUCGGACAUCCCUAGAAUAAAGUCAGAAUCACGAGAACAAAAUUUACAAGAAGGAAGUUGGAAAACAGUUGCCAUUUUACAAGAAUAAACCCAUAAUAUUAUGAGGAAAAAAAGUCAUUUUAGUAGCAUAGAGGUGAAAUAUUAAAGAAAAAAUAUGUUGUGUUUGUUGUUUUUUUUAAGUUCUAAUAUAAGAAACAAGCAAAACAUGAUGUCAGGGAAGAAGUUAUAAUAGUAUAGAAACAAGGUCAUAAUAUUAUGAGAGAAAAUCUAUGAGGAUUAUUUGAGAAGAAAGUUCAAAUAUUUGGGAAGUUUAAAAAAAAAAAAGGCAUUUGCCGUGUACUGUAUUGUUUCACGAAAUCAAGUGCCCGACCAAAGCCGCCUACGCACUGCCGACUCGCUGUCCGUGCGUUCUUUCAGAAAUUAAGUACGACUCCUAAAUAACACGCCAUGGGGCCAAAGGAAGUUGAGAAACAUGAUCGCCUUUUGGAACAAAUUAAUGAUGAAAACUGAGGUUUCACUGUAUAUGUUAUUUUGAUGGUGUAAUAUUUUUAUUUGAUAAAACAAAAAAAUGGCCCCCUAAUAGGAAAAAAGUUUCCCACACUUGUCUUUCAGCACAUGUAUGGGAUUUGUUUUUUUUUUCCCCAAAAUGGUUUUCUAUUUGGCGGUUGCAGACUGGCGCAAGCUAUUCAUUUGUGUGGCAGCUUCCUGGGGGAGGGGUUAACCCGCCCCCCCACGCUGUGGCACACCAGUAUACCUCAUUUGUAACUCCAAACUGAGUCAAACUACUUUAACCUACUUAAGAAGUUUUUGUCGUCCGUCGGAGAAGCCCGCUCAUUCCCAGUGUGAAGCGUCCUCCGCUGGGAGGGGGGGGUCAGCAGCCAAAUGUUUUGUUGCUGUCCUUACAGUUUUUAUGGUGCGGGGGUUUCCGAAACUUUGAAUGAAUGUACAUAAGUGAUUUAAAAAAAAAAAAACACAACAAGAAGAAAUUGGACAAAGAAACUAGCAGUGGGCAACCCUAUAAACCUUUGGGCCCCAACCCCAAGUUUGGAAACCCCUGCCGUUAAAUAAACAACAAGGCCCGCUUUCAUUCUUUUCCUAGCCCUUUUUAAGUUUGACAAUCCUAUUUAUUUUUUAGCGCAUGCGUCAUCCCCCCGCUUUGAACGCCCCGUGCCCAGUGGCGCCCUCCCGUGGUAACAACAUUAACCAAAGACUUGUAACUGAUUGUACAUGAACCGCCCAGCCUGCACCCCCACCCCCUUUAGUGCAUCACGCUCGCCACACUCACCAGUUUCUUAGCUUUUGCCUGCAUGCGAAUGUUUUGGUGCUGUGGUUUUCAGUGCCUGCGGGUGGGGGAGGAUGAGGGGAAACGGCGGCGGCGGCUUCUUCGACGGGUUGGUGGGAGCUGGGCGAUUGUUUGUUUGUGAAUACACACUGAGGGGUGAUCCUGCGCACGCUGGCUCAGGACUCCACGUCUGUUUGUUUGUCUGUCUGAGUGCUGUUGCUAGCAUACACACGCAUCGUCGUCUCAAGGAAUUUUGCCUCUCGCGUAUAACCCCCUCCAGGAAUGACACACAUCCCGUACUCACUAGAUUUUUCACUGCUGUACCCUCCCUUAUUCACUACAGACUGAUCAACUGUGACACUAUGCAUCCCCCCCUCCACCCCACAAUUCGGCGGGGGUCAUUCGGUGACACUUUGCUUUACUCCCGAGUGGGAUUCCUCACAAAGCGCUAUCUAUCCCAAAGCAAAACUCUCUAAAUAUUUGUAUUUUUUUGUUUUACUUUUUGUUAGAGUUCUUAUUGUUUUGGACAAAAUGCAGAUACCAAAGAUAUCCCUCUGUCUGUCUCUUUCUCUUCCUUCUUCCUUCUUCCGCCCUGCAGCAGCAUGUGCGUUAAGAGACAAACUCUCCAGCACUGGCUUUUUUUAAUCCAAGCCUCAGUAAUUCCAAAGUUUAGAUGUAUAUUUUGGUAUAUUUCUGAGAAAAAUGUGUGGAAUAAUAAUAAUAAUAAUAACUCUGUUUAUUGAAUUUGUUUUCCUCUUUGUCGCAGCAUGGAAGUAAUUGCAGAACUGUCUUACUAGGUUAAAAGAUAUUUUUGUAUGUUUUUGGGUGUGUUUUGUGUGUGUGUGUGUGUGUGUGUGUGUGUGUGUGUGUGCGCGCGCGCGUGCGCGCAAGAUAUCAGCCCAAGUGACCAAAGGAUUUAACAAAAAAAGCAAAAACCAAAAAAAGGCAAACAUGUACAUAUUAUGUCUGUGUAACAUGAAAAAGGCAUUGUAAACCAGUAACGACUCACGGUGGACACUUGGGCUCGUCUAAAGGAAUGUUUCUCUCUCCGACCCCCAUCCUCCCUGUUUUCUUUCUCUGCAGUUUAACAUUUCCUAACAGAACUCUUCCUGUAAAGAGUUUUCAUCUUGGACUAAAAACAAAAAAACACUGACUUCAGAGCUGAGUACAAACAAGAAAAAGAAAAAAAAAAAAAACGAAACAAAAAAAACAA